UCAGUGCUGUUUGUUUUCCCCGUUAAGAGAAGUGGCGAGUGACGUGCUUUGUCUGAUUCAUGCCCUCUAAGAGCUCUUCAGCUCUUCCCCCUCUCUGUUUCAAUUUUUUUGUUUAGUCUUCAUUGGACCAUCUUGUAUUUCAUUUCAUAGUCUGCAGUUCUACACUCCCUCACUCUUCCCAUCUCUCUCUCUCUCUCUCUGUCUCUACCCCCUCUUUUUCUCUCUCUCUCUCACGCUUUUGUUAUGGGUAGGGCCCACACAGCUAGCAGCUAUUGCUGGGUGUGCUGCCAUGGCAACCAGGAAAUACUCACAGAUCGUCUGUGAGACUGGACACAUGAGCGUGUGAGGGGAAGCCUGGAGACAAAACACACUCCCACACUUGCAUACACACACACACACACUUAGACACACAAAAACACCUUAAACACACCAAGUGGACAACAUUUGACCCAGCUUUUCACACAAAAUACAGGGAUAUUUUCUUCCUGCUUUUUGAAGGACCUUUGACAUGGACUAAGCCAGCAGCUUGCCUGUGCUGAAAUCUAGCCGAGGAUCCUGAUCUUCCAGUGGUUAGGAUCCAAAAUGACUUCCAGCAUUUCCAUGGCCGUCCUGCCCCCCGUCAAGAGCGUGGUGGUCCACCGCAAUGGGGACCCCUUCUACACGGGCAGGAGGUUCGUGGUGAACCAGAGGCAGGUGCCCUGCAUGGAAGUCUUCCUGAACGACGUGACGCUGAACAUCCAGGCACCGCUGGCCGUGAGGACCCUCUAUACCCCACGGAACGGCCACCGUGUGUGUGAGCUGGAGGAUCUGCAGACGGGAGCACACUAUGUCGCUGCUGGGUUUGAGAGGUUCAGGAGACUGGAUUAUUUAAAUACAGGCGUGAAGAAAGCACUAGCCAACAAAGUAGAGGCAAGACCACCUGUAAGACCAAACAUGUCGGCCAAAUGGAGGAGGGUCAUACCCAUCCCAUGUAUCAUACAUGUGUUCAGGAAUGGCGACAUGCUGGGCUGUCCACUGCGGUUCAUCCUCCCCAAGAGCGUGCUGCAGGAUCUGGAGCAGGUGCUCUGUCUCAUCACGGAGAAGGCUGCUCUACGCACAGGAGCUGUGCGCAGGCUUUGCACUCUGGAAGGGGUGACCGUGGCGACAGCACAGGAGCUGGUGAAUGGCCAGUGCUAUGUUGCCGUGGGAACAGAGAAGUUCAAGAAGCUUCCUUAUUUGGAGCUGUCAGUGCCAAAAGCUGCGGGAGGGAGUGCAGACAGGUAUUAUCCACUGAACCGGAGGCAGCAGAGGAAACACGAGAACCGGAGGACAGGAACUCAUGACACACACAGCGAUUCUGCCCUUUUAGACUCACCAGAGAUGGACGGGCGGAGAGUGAAGUCCACUGGAGACGAGGCAGAGGACAGGAGUCCAGGCACGGUCCAGGGGCUCAGAAGCAUCAGAGAGGAGAAGUCAGUGUUCUUCGCCAAACCUGUCAGGGUGCGCAAGAACCCAAACUCACGACGACUUAAAGCCACAGCAGCACCAGCAGCUCAGCCCAGUGUGUUCCAGGCCCAAGGAGGUCAGAAGAGACAGGAGGUGCGAGGAGCUCAGGAGGUGCCUGAGGAUGAGAACAUCAUGGUGGACCUCCCUGUUGACCAGAGAGUUGCUGAGGUCGUUGAAGAGGAAGAUCAGCGUAAGAAGGAUAACCUUGAAGCAGACCACAAAGAUCAGACAAAAAUAUCUCUGCAAAGGAAAAUGAGCUCAAGUUCAGAUUCUGAUUCUGAUCAUCACCAGAAAGAAAGCACUGCUGAACCAAUAGAGAGACGGGCAAAGACAUCAGAGAAUGAGGACCUCUCUGAGGAAAACAAUCUUCAAAGCCACCUCCAGUUGGACCUGCCAGUGGAGGAGGAGUCCAGAAUGAUCCGAGCCUCCAGCCCGCCCUCCAGCCAC